UGCCUUGCUUUUUCUCUCCAUAAGGAGAUUCAAAGCAGAUAACAUUAAAAGCAUUACAGUACAGUUUAAAAUAAUAUACAAAUAUUUAAGCAAUAUGGAAAUCUGUUGUAAUGUGUGUAUUCUAUGGAGUGUUUUUGAAUGUAUAUGUGUUUUGAUUAGUAUGUGUUUUAGCAGUGUUGUAACCUGCCUUGAACCAUGAGGAGUGGCAGGUAAAGGAAUAAAAUUAUUAUUAUUAGUAGUAGUACUAAACAUCAUUACUAUUAAAAAACAAUCACGUUUAAAUUCACAAGAACAUUAUAGAAAACCACAGCAUCCCCCAACAUGAUCUCAAAAAUCUUCUUUAAGAACCUGCUUGAAUAAAAAGGUAUUAGCAAAUGAAAUAUAAUAAUAAUAAUGAUAAUGAUGAUAAUAAUAAUAAUAAUAAUGAUAAUGUUGUACCCCACCUCAAGCUGUUAGGAGAAAUAAAACAUAGUGAUGAUGAUGAUAAUCACCACCCAGGAACUUCCACAGAUGUAUAAACCUUCCUUGCUUAGUUUCUCCAUACCUCCCAACCUCUGAGGAUGCCUGCCAUAGAUGUGGGCAAAAAGUCAGGAGAGAAUACUUCUGGAAAAUGGCCAUACAGCCUUGAAAACACGCAACAACCUUGUGAUCCUGGCCAUGAAAGCCAUCGACAACAAAUUAUAAUGUUCAUUUUUAGCAGAUAAAAAUCUGGCUUCUUCCUCCUAUGAUGGGUUGAGCGGGUGAUUCUAUUGAAACACUAGGACUUUUGUGACUCAAAUACAGGUUGAAUAUUCCUAUCUCAAGGCCCCAGAUCCCACCUGAUCUUUAGAACUAAGCAGGACCAGUCUUGGUUAAUACUGGAUGGGAGACCACCAAUGAAUAUUUUGCCAUGGAGGAAUACAUCUCUGAGUAGUAGUCCAUGCCUUAAAACCCCUGUGAAAUUCAUGGGGUCAGCAUAAGUCAAACAGGUGACUUGAAGGCCCUCUCAUACGCUAAAGCCCUGGUUCCCAACGUAGGACAAUUUGAUGUUGGGUGGGGUGGAAUUUGAGAAUGAGUCAUUAACUGUUAUUUUUUAUUUCUUGUGAUUCUAGGGGCCUCAUAUACAACAUAUAAAUAUACAUUGUGACAUACACAUUUUAACAUUAAAACCAGAAUGUACAGCUGGUGACACUGGAGAGAGGGAAAGCCUGGAUUAAAAUAGAGAGAAAUGGGGAGAACAUAUAGCUCACCAGAGACUAAUGCAUGAGCAUUGCAGGAGUGGAAUGUUUCAUUCCAAACACCCCACUGCACUUAGUAUUCUUUUAAAAGUUAUACAUAUAUAUAUAUUCCUCACCUUAGAAAAUCUAUAAAAUUAACGGGACCACUGUCAAUCCACAGGCAACCUGAAAACACAGGUACACAAAGAGAAGAGUCAAUGUCAUUUAGGGAUCUGAGCAUUGGACUCAGCUCUGGGAGACCAAGAUUCAGUUCCCCACUGGGUAAGCAAGUUACACUCUCUCAGCCUUAAAGAGAGGCAAGCUUGUUGCCCCCUGUUUCAGGCUGAAACCCUAAAAGCACCAAAUCCCAUUUGAUAUUGAAAGUUAAGACAGUUCAGCCCAGGUUAGAACUUGGACAGAGGUUGGCCACUGAUAUGAGAUGCUGAAGGCUCUGUUUUGGAGGUAGGAACUGGCCAAACUCAACUCUGAAUAUUCCCUUGUCUUAGAAAGCUCUGUGAAGCUCAUGGGGUCACCUUAUGUAAAAUAUCAAACAUCCGGGAGUUCCCUGGGAAACAUCCUUGCAGAUGACUAAUUCUCUCACACCAGAAGCAACUUGCAGUUUCUCAAGUCGUUCCUGACACAAGGAAAAAACCAAAACAAAAACAAAACCCUUAUGUUGACAGGCGACUUGAAGGAGCACACACAGAACCCCCUUUCCCUCAUCCAGCACCCCUAUUAAAACGACUUAGAAUGCCAUUCCUGAAUUCCAAAUACGUCAAAUGGAGCGGAUUCUGCUUGGCAUGGCAUGAGUGUUCUUGAUUUACAAGCCGCCCAUUUUUGAAGUCACCUUGGAGGAACGUUUGGGUGCUUUUCUGAAGAGAAGUCAACCUUGCUGGAUCUGGACCAGAGCACUCUUCACAAGGGAAUCAUGGAAGAAGAUGAGGAUGUAAUGGUGGUCCCUCUCGGUACAGAUACUGACUGCCAUCUUGAGCAAGAAGCAGAGUCGACUUCGCCCACAGGAGCAGAGCUGAGUCCCAUCCCUCUGGAUACAGGGGAGAAACCUGAUGAUGGCUUGGAAAGCGGAGAGGCCUUGGGCGAUGGAUUCACCAUCAUUACCCACCAAAUUGCUUACCCGGAAGAGAAACCCUACAAGUGCGAGGAGUGUGGGAAGAGUUUCAACCAGCGGUCGCACCUCAAGAGGCACCAUAUUGUCCACACGGGAGAGAAGCCCUUCAAAUGCCAGGAGUGUGGGAGAGCCUUCACCGAGAAGAGGAACCUCACGGCGCACCUGAUGAACCACACCGGAGAGAAGCCGUACAAGUGCCAGACGUGCGGGAAGAGCUUCAGCCAGCCCUCACACCUGAAGCGCCACGAAAUGAUUCACUCGGGGGUGAAGCCCUUCAAAUGCGAGGAGUGUGGGAAGGGCUUCUCUGAGAAGAGGGACCUCGUGGACCACCGGAUGAACCACACCGGGAACAAACCCUUCAAGUGUGACAAGUGUGGGAAGAGCUUCACCCGGAAGACCAUUUUCAGUUCGCACCAAACAACCCACACUGGAGAGAAACCAUACAAAUGCAAGGAGUGCGGAAAGGGCUUUAGCUACAGCUCCGGCCUCAUUUUACACCAAGUCAAGCACACGGGGGAGAAGCCCUACAAAUGCAAGGAGUGUGGCAAGAGCUUCAACAACCAGUCCAACCUCAAGCGGCACCAAACCAUCCACGCCUGGGAGAAUCCCUACAAGUGCCAGGAGUGCGGCAAGAGCUUCAUGGAGGAGAAGAGCCUCAAUGCCCACCAGAUCAACCACACGGGGAACAAGCCCUACAUCUGCCUGGAGUGCGGGAAGACCUUCAGCCAGAAGUCGACCCUCAACGCGCACAUCCUGAUCCACACCGGAGCAAAACCCUUCAAGUGCCUGGAGUGCGGGAAGAGCUUUAACCAGAGGUCCAACCUUAACAGACACCAGAUGAUCCACUCGGGGGAGAAAUCCUAUACCUGCUUUGUGUGCGGAAAGUGCUAUGCGGAGAAGACCCUUCUGAUUUUACACCAGAAGAAACACUCUGGGAAAGAGAAGGCGAGCAGGAAGGAGGCGGAGGAGGACGAGGCCUAUAUUCUUCCUAUCCUUUGUGAAGCCUCUGUGGAAGCAGGAGGCCUCUGUGUCCUUAGCCGGGAGAUUGGGGCGGCCGUUGUCCCCCCAUAUUGUGCCUUUGGGCCCUCUUCCAAAGGACUGAGAGGAAAGGUGGGACCUGCCCGGAAAAAAGAGAACUCCCUUCAGGUUAAGAGAUCCAAGAUGGACAGGCGUGAAUCAGCCGGAUUAAGUACCAGGAAAAAGCUCCAUGCUGCACAUGCUAGGAGGUUCUGGGGGAAAGCAGCGCAGAGAACCCAGGAGGAGGACGCCGCCAGCACCGGAGUUCAUGGCUUACAUUUCAGGCAGUUCCGCUAUCAGGUGGCCGAUGGGCCCCGGGAGGUUUGCAGCCAACUCCAUGCUCUCUGCCAUCGGUGGCUGAAGCCAGAGCGACACUCCAAGGCUGAGAUGCUGGACUUGGUGAUCCUGGAACAGUUCCUAGCCGUCCUUCCUCCAGAGAUGGAGAAUUGGGUGAGAGAAUGUGGGGCACAGACCAGCUCCCAGGCGGUGGCUUUGGCUGAAGGAUUCCUCCUGAGUGAGGAAGAGGAGAGGAAGGAGAAAAGGCAGCAGGCCUGCCUUGCAGAAAGGGGUGCUGAAUUCUCUAAGACCCAGACGUCUCUACCAGACUCCAGGCAGAGGCUGCAGCCUUUGCAGAUCAAAGAAGAAAGUGAUGAAGGACUUGUCUCACCGAGAGGUAGAUCGAGAAUGGCAGCAGCAUCUACCCGCGCGCCUCUUCUCUAUUGCGAUGGAAAGGAAACCACUUCUGGGCAGCUUGAUCAGGUGACCUUUGAGGAGGUGGCUGUGGAUUUCACUGAUGGAGAGUGGGCCCUGCUGAGUCCGAGGCAAAGGGCUCUGCAUGCAGAGAUCAUGGAGGAGAACUUGGAGCUGGUGGCCUCUCUUGGAGGUGAAUGGCAAGUGAUUGAGAAUGAGGCCGAACCAGGCAGGAUGUUGUGGGAAAAGUUCUGGGUCGAAGGGUGGACAGGAAAGCCAGAAGUGAAAGAGCAGUGGGCAGACGAGCCCCCCGUCCCUUUCAUUGGAGACAUGUGGGAAAUCCCGUCCCAAGACAAAAUGGACCAGUGGACGGAUUGGAGGCAGUGCCUUCUGUGCGGGGAAACCUUCACGUGUAAAUCCAGCCUCAUGGCUCACUGGGAGAGGCAUACUGGAGAGAGGCCCUACAAAUGCUCAGAGUGCGGGAAGAGCUUCAGCUCUAGCAAGUAUCUCAGCUCCCAUCAAAGAAUCCAUACAGGGGAGAAGCCCUACAAAUGCCUGGAGUGUGGCGAGAGCUUCUGUUGGCCCAAUUCUCUCACUUUGCACCAGAUGAAUCAUACGGGGAAGAAGCCCUACAAAUGCUUGGAGUGCGGGAAAAGCUUUAGCCGGCGGGGCAGCCUCAACUGCCACCGGAGGAUUCACACGGGAGAGAAGCCGUACAUGUGCCUGGAGUGUGGGAAGACCUUCAUCCACAGCACCAGCCUCACAUACCACCAACGCCAUCACGCGGGGCUGAAACCCUACAAGUGCUUGCAGUGCGGGAGGCGGUUCAGCCAUCGGACGAGCCUCAGUUACCACCUCCAGCACCACAUGGGCGAGAAGCCCUACAAGUGCCUGGAGUGCGGAAAGAGCUUCAGCACCAGGCAGUAUCUCACCUGCCAUCAGAGAAUCCACACCGGGGAGAAACCCUACAAAUGCUUGCAGUGCGGGAAGAUGUUUAUGCAUAACACCAGCCUCAACUACCACCAGCGCCUCCACACCAGGGAGGAACGGUUCAAGUGCUUGGAGUGCGGGAAGUGCUUCAAUUCCAAGCAAUGCCUCACCUGUCACAAGAGGAUCCACGCCAAGGAGGACCCCUUCAAGUGCUUGGAGUGCGGGAAGAGCUUCAGCCGGCGCACCAGCCUUGCCUCACACCAGCUGAUGCACCUGGGAGAGAAGCCCUACAAAUGCCUGGAGUGUGGGAAGGGCUUCACUACCAGCAAGUACAUCCUUUCCCAUCAGAGGAUCCACACGGGAGAGAAACCGUUCACCUGCACCGAGUGCGGGAAGAGCUUCUGCUGGGCGAAUUCCUUAGCUCUGCAUCAAAUCAUCCACACUGGAGAGAAACCAUACAAGUGCUUGCAGUGUGGAAAGACCUUCAGCAGGAGCACCAGCCUUAAUUCUCACCAGAGGAUCCACACGGGUGAGAAACCCUACAAAUGCUUGGAGUGCGGCAAGAAUUUCAGCACCAGCCGCUACCUCGCUUGCCAUCAACGGAUCCACAUAGCCGAAAAGGGCUUCAAGUGCACGGAGUGCGGGAAGAGCUUCAGCACCAGCCGCUACCUCACUUGCCACCAGAGGAUCCACACGGGAGAGAAGCCGUUCCAGUGCUUGGAGUGCGGGAAGAGCUUCUGUUGGGCCAAUUCCCUUCAUUUGCACCAGAGAAACCACACAGGAGAGAAGCCAUUGAAAGCCUAGGCGUGUCAAAGGAAAGGACCUUCUCAUCAAAGAAUGUACACAGAGGAGAAACCAUAGUAAGAGUUGUAAAAAAGAGCUUGGCUCUGGACAAAGACCUCAUUAGAUAAGUGAGACAAAUUGAAAAACACACACAUAUGUAUUAUUGCUGCACGAGAACCAGGAAAGAUCUUGACCUAGGGGGAAACCACAGCAAUGCCACAAGAGAUUCAUUUCAAGUUCAAAUCUCCCUUGGCAUUAAUAAAGAAAAACUCACAUGAGGGGGAGGCCUUGAAGUGGUUGUAGGUGUUCGCAAAGAAUGUCUGUCAGAGCCUCAAUGAGUGACAAAGAUUCCACAGAGGAGACACUAUGUUUGUGCAUUGAACGUUGAAGGAGUUUUGUGCAGAAUGUAGCUUUGGAGCCAAUGGGGAUCAAGAAGCUAUUUAAGAUGAAGGUCGUAAGGGUCCACCAUUUCAAUGACGUAAACAUAGUUCAGCUUGCUUUGGGCAGAGUUGCACUUCCUUUAGGUGUCAAGUGUGCAACUUGGAGACUUGCUAGAUCCAGCCCUGUCCCUGGUGAAAUACAUAGCAAUGGUAACAUCUAGAAGUAUCUUGAACUGUUUCUGGCGUCAACGUCCUUUCAUUGCACAACAAACUUGGCCUUUGUAGCUCAUGCCCAAGUCCCAUGCAGACUAGAUUAUUGCAGUAUAUACUCUACGUAGGACCCCCUCUGAGGACAUUUUGGACGCUGCCGUUGGCUGUGCUAUUGACUGCUCCAGCCAGAUUAGAGGUUGUAAUUUGAAUUAUGUCGUCGCUUUGGCCGCCUAUUUGAUUUUAGCUGAAAGCGUAGAUCUAGGCCUUUAAUACCAUGAACAGUCAGUAUUGUAUAAUGAAUGACUUCUAACACCAUAAGUGUGCCAAACUCUUCAGAUCCCCUUCAUAUUUGGAGGGGUAGCUGGAGAUGGUGGUGCCAAAAAUAAUGGCAAGCCCAACGGAAGCAAGUUAACCCAACUUCGUCUCUUCUCAUGUUUUCAGAAGUGGUGGGCGUCUUUUCAAUGGUCUUUUUAUUGGUGUCAAUGUUCUCAUUGGCACAGUUUUCUGCCUAUCCUGACUGCUGCUCUAUGCUAUAUUCUUGUGGUUGUACAGUGUCGUGUCUUCUUUUUAAUUCUUUAUUAUCUUGUUAGUCCCUUUGAUGUCGUAAAACUGUGGAAGCUGGGAUGAUGAAAACGAAUGGAACUUUGUUGUCUUGCUACAGUGCAAUCCUAUACAUACCUACUCGAGAGUUGGAGACUUCCUAAGGUUUAACCUCUAGUUGUUCCUGGACUGCCCUUCCCAUCACCCCUAACCAAUAUUGCCAGUAGUGAGCAGAUCAUAGGAGUUGUAGUUCAGGAACAUCUGGAGAAGGUUCUCUUCCAGGGUUCCCUGGAACUCUGGGGGUUCUGCUAGAAGUUACUAGGAUUUCUGUAAGACAUGGUGAUUGUCAAAAAAUUACUUUUGAACUGUAAAUAUGAUUUUUUUAAUGCAGGAGUUUCUUGAGAUUCAGAAUUAUUUCACUUCCUCCUGUGUUCCAUAUGUCAAACCUCCCAAUUUUAGCACCCUUGGAGUAGGAAUUUUUUUACAUUUUAAAAAUGAUAGCGAAUAGGGAGUUACAACAUUCCCUGCCUGUGUUUCAUAGAUUUGAUCCAAAUGAGAAGAGCAUUCAUAAGGGAAAUAGCUUGAAGCUGCUGGGAAGUAAUUUAGAAGAAAAAGGACUGGACCUUGGUUGCAAGGACAAGAAAAAUAAGGAUGCUGGUCCCAAGUGGAAUGUAUUCUCCAUUCCUUUCCUCUCACAGCCUAAAGUAGACACUUCUUUCUCUUUUGAGUUGCUUCCCUCUCACCCAGACAAGCCAGUAAGCAUAUAUAUCAGUCAUGGGCAAACUUUAGCCUUCCUGGUGUUUGGACUCCAAUUCCCACAAUUCCUAACAGCCAGUAGGUUAGGAAUUGUAGGAGUUGGGAGUCCAAAACACCCGGAGGGCCGAAGUUUGCCCAUGACUGAUAUAUAUAGUCAGCCUUCAACAUUUACUGGAGCUGGGAGAACAGGGCCCCCACGAAAGUAAGAAAAUGUGAAUUAGAAUAAUAGAAAAAUAGAGUUGGAAGAGAUCACAUGGGCCAUCUAGUUCAACCCCCUGUCAUGCAGGAAAAAUACAAUUAAAGCACCCCAGACACAUGGUCACCCAGCCUCUGUUUAAAAGUGUCCAAGGAAGGAGAUAUUUAAACUUAGGGAUCAUGUCUCCUCUCAACCUUCUCUUCUGCAGGCUAAACAUACCCAGAUCCACCUAACAGUAGCAUUGCCUAGCCCACAUUUGACUAGUUUGCUUGCAAGAAGGUCAUGUGGUACCUUGUCAAAGGCCUUGCUGAAAUCAAGAUAUGCUAUAUCCACAGCAUUCCCUGCAUCUACCAAGCUUGUAACUCUAUUUAAAAAGAGAUAAGAUUAGUAUGGCAUGAAGUAUUUUUGAGAAAUUCAUGUUGACUUUUAGUAAUCACAGCAUUCUUUUCUACGUGGUUGGAGACCACCUCCUUGAUCUUCACCAGAAUCCCUGGUUUUGAUGUCAGCUUGGCUGGACAGUAAUUGCUCCAUUUUUCUCGAAGAUAGGGACAACAUUUGCCUUCCUCCAGUCUGCUUGGACUUCUCAAAGAUUGUUGCCAGUGGUUCUGAAAUGACUUCUGUUAGUUCCUUGGAUGUAGUUCAUCUGCCUCUGGAGAUUUUAAUUUAGAGUAGCCAGCUAUUCCUUUGACAACUACUUUUCCUGUUUACUACUACUUUACCUAAUUAACAAAACACUAUUUUUUCAGCAUGAGAGAACACAUCCCAAGUAUUCUCUAAGCACUCCAGAACAACUCUGUGGUUAAAUUCCACCAGACAUUGGUCAUAGAAUCACACUGGAGGAUCUACAAACUCCUAGAGAAGUAUGCUCUCUUGAAUUUCAAGUGCAGUGGAGAACCUAGAAAAUCCUAGAGAGAGAAUAUAUUUGAAUAAUCAGAUCCACAAAAUGGGAGCUUCACAGCUGAUUUUAAGGAGGUUUUAAAUGGGAAAUAUUAGAGCAGGCCGCUUUGGGGGGAUAAGUGGACACAUUACAUCCUUGGUAGACUUUUGAAGGCCACACACACACAACAAUUUACAGAUCUCUACCAUAGGAAAUUGGCUGCAAAUGAUCUCUAGGGAAUUUGGGGGAUCUUGCCAUGUUUGUGGACACAUCCCAGGUCCAUUUGAGAUAUAGGGAAGCUUUUAAAACAAAUGUUUAUUGGAAGUCACUCUUGCUGAGGUUUUUAAAGCCUCUCUUUAGCUUAAAAUUGCUUUGGAAGGGCCCACAAAAUACGCUGAAAAUGCCCCAUGCCUGUGGGGCAAAAAUCAAGUUGACCACAGUGGUCAAGCAAAAUAAUCGUGUGGGACUGCACUAAACAUACAGUCCACAUUUCCCCCACCCCUGGGCAUACGAAUUGUGCCUGUGCAAGAGAUACACAUUCCCAUAUGUCAGAUUGACCCAUGCCUACAAUUGCAGCUGUGGUAUGUCUUUGAUGUAUAGUUCAACAGGACUUUCUUCCAGGUAAUGGUAUCUAGGAUUGCACUGUAGAUGUGGAGCUACGAAAAUGUUUUUUUUCUUUUUAUGCUGCUUCUCUGACAGCUGUAUCUUAACCUCCAGAAGUGCAGAGAAAGUGUUCCGUGGGUCUUUAAGAGACAAAACACCUGGAGGAAGGGCCAAAGUUGACCUAUGCCUGAGUUAGAUGCAUGAUGUCAUAUUCCAGGACCUUCAGAAUAACCCCAGGAUCUAUUGAAGGCUUUCCUGGCUGGAAUCACUGGGUUGCUUCGUGCUGAAGAGCCAGCAUUGUCCGUAGACACCUCCAAGGCCAUGUGGCCUUUGGCAUGACUGUAUGGAGCGCUGUUACCUGCCUGCCGGAGCGAUACCUAUUGAUCCUUGAACUGCUAGGUUGACAGAAGCUGGGGCUAACAGCGGGAGCUCACCCCCGCUCCCCAGCUUUGAAGCGCUGACCUUUCUGUCAGCAUGUUCAGCAGCCCAGCGGUUUUACCUGUAAGGAUGUCACUUUUUAUCACGGGGGUGAACAUCAUCAGGAGGUAUAUGACAAAUUUUCUGCCUUGGGAACUUUCCGGGGAUCUCAUAGGCCACCAACAAAGCCCAAGAACAAAUAAACGAAAAAUAGAAAUGACUAGAAAUUGGCUUCUAGUUUUGGAAAACUGGCAUUUCUUGUUUCAAAACGGGUCCUGUGUUUGUUUGAAGGGUAAACUUUCACUGCUGGAGCUUCUGGGAUUUUACCUUUUGAAGUAGGGGCAAAAAAGGGAAGUCGGGACAGAUCAAGGCUUGGAAAAAGACACUCCGUAGGUCCCACCUGAUUAGCAGGGGUAUUCACAUUGAUUUUUGCUAAAGAGCAAGGAUCUCAGAAAGGGAACACUCUAUCUCCAGAAGGAAUAUUAGUGCCGCCUUGCCAUGGCCUUGUUGGUGCUAACACUGUCCUGUAGCAUUUAGAAAAUGAAGGACUGAAAUGGAACAGAGUGAGGAUGAAGUCCUUGCUGAGCCAAGAAACUUGCCAGUCUUUUUUCCGUUUUUAAUCUGUAUGUGUCUUCUGUAUUUGUUUUAACUUUGUACACCGCCUAGAGUCCCAGUUGUGGGGAAAAGGCGGGAUAUACAUGAAUAAAAUAAUAACAAAUCAAUAAUA